GGGCGGGCAGUCGGGGCUGUUGCUGUGGCGAGUGAGUGAGUGAGAGCCGCCGGUUGGAGGCGGCAGUUUGAAGCGGCUCAGACACAGAGCGGGCGGGAGGUCAGGGGAUACCGGGGUUCAGUGAUUAUCUUCUGUUGAAAAUACGUUUUGCAAAGAAAUGUCCCGAAAGAAGGGAAAAGAUGACUGUAAGGCCCAUGUAUGCAGUUCCUUUGAGUCCGAGGACAUAAGCUUGGAAACUACUGUGCCAACAGAUGACAUUUCUUCAUCCGAAGAAAGAGAAAGUUCUUCCACCAAAAUCACCAAGCAGUUGAUUGAGAGAAAAGCACUUCACCAUGACCUACAGUUGCUGAAGAUUGAGUUAUCUCAGAAAAAUCUGAUCAUCGAUAACCUUAAAGUAGAUUAUCUCACUCAAAUUGAGGAUUUGGAGGAAAAGUUAAAUGAUUCUCUUCAUCAGAAGCAGUUGCUUCAGGUCCGUUUAGAGAACCAACUGAAGAUUCAGCAGGAAGAUGCCAGGAGACGUCAGGAUCUAAGAAAACAGGAACUGGAAACCAUUCUAGAACGACAGAAGCAACUUGAACAAACAAAUAAGCAACUGCAGGAUAGAGCAGGUGAUAUUCGACGAGGUCUGCGAGAUCUGGAAUUGAGUGAGGAACAGUACGUUGAGCUGAAAGUUCGACCUGAAGACCAACUUUCCAUCCCAGAAUAUGUGUCUAUACGUUUUUAUGAAGUUGUUCGACCUUUGAAGGAGAAUGUUGAAGAGCUUCGGCAAAAGAAAGUUGACCUUUCUGAGGAGUGCAAUAACCAGAAAACUCAACUGAAUUCCUUAAUUGAGAGCUAUGAAAAUGAAAGGAAAAUUCGCUGUGAUCUUGAGGUACGAUGUCAGCGUCUUACAUUAGAGUUAGCUGACACCAAGCAGCUCAUCCAGCGGGAUUAUAAGAGAGAAAAUUAUGACCGAGUAAAGCAUGAGAGAGAGGCAUUUGAACGGGAUACUUCAGAGCUCAGAAAACAAUUUGAAUUACUGGAUAUCACACAUAAGGCACAAACUAAGGAGAAAAAUGACUUAUCCAACGAGAUGGCAGCAUUGCAACAAUCUGUUAGUUUGCUUCAAAAGGAUAAAGAGUACUUGAAUCGUCAGAAUAUGGAAAUGAAUGUCCGAUGUGCUCAUGAAGAAGACCGAAUAGAAAGAUUGCAACUUCACCUUGAGGAGGCAAAGAAAGCUAGGGAAGAAAUGUAUGAAAAAUAUGUGGUUUCAAGAGAUCAUUACAAAAAUGAAUAUGAAAAUAAAUUACGAUGUGAACUGGAACAGAUCCGAGUGAAAACAGACCGAGAAAUUGAGCAUCUGCGUAUUGGCUCCAAAGAGAUGUAUGAAAGAGAAAAUAGAAAUUUGCGAGAAGCAAGAGACAAUGCGAUUGCAGAAAAAGACCGUGCUGUUGAAGCUGAAAAAGAUGCCAUGGCAAAAUAUGACCAACUUCUAGAGCAUUCAAGGCAGCUACAACUCAGCACAGAGAGUCGCACCUCUGAACUCAUGAAUCAGACAAAACUAAGAUCGUUCGAGGCUGAGCGUGCUCAGUUGUUACAAGAGGAAACGGCCAAGAAUCUGAAGCUGUGUCAGAUAGAGUGUGAUAAAUACCAGAAGAAACUAGAGGUCUUAACAAAAGAAUUUUACAGCCUGCAAUCAUCAACAGAGAAGCGUGUCAUUGAACUUCAAGCUCAAAACUCUGAACUUAAAGCGCGCCUGGAGUCCUAUGACAAACUGGAACAGGAGCUAGAUGGUGUUAUAAUGCAAGCUGCUGAAGUGGAAAAUGAGGAUGAUGCAGAGCGAGUUCUUUUUUCUUAUGGCUAUGGUGCAAAUGUUCCCACAACAUCUAAACGGCGCCUAAAGCAAAGCGUUCAUCUUGCAAGACGGUUGUUGCAAUUAGAAAAGCAAAAUUCAUUGCUUCGAAAAGACUUAGAAUGUUACAAGCACCGUGUAGAUGAAUUGAACCAAGAGCUUGCAAACGCUAACUCCUUGCUUAAUCAAGCACAGCAGCCUUACAGCUAUCUCAUUGAGAGUGUCCGGCAGAGAGAUUCCCAGAUCCAGAAACACAAAGAAUAUAUUUCACAGUUGGAGAAUGAUGUCAGUCAGUUAAAAAAAGAGAAAUCAGCUUUGCUUCGCAUGAAGAACCAAAUGGCAACAGAUCUUGAACGCCUCUUAGAUCAGCGGGAGGAACUGGCGGUAAUGAAGCAAACUCUGAUAAAUUUGCACAACAGACGUGGUGCUGGAGGCUUUCCGCAUUCUCAAGAUGAAGUAACUCGCAGUACUGCUACACACCUAACAAAAGUAUUUGCAACAGCUCCUCUUCACCAGGAUGAAAAUAUAUACAAACCCAAACCAACAAUCUUUACAAAAGGAGAAUGUCCUGACUGGUACAAAAAGUUGAAGCAGAAAAAUGCUUAAUAAUGUUUCAGAAGUAUAUUGUCUAAACAACAUCUGUAAAUCCUGCAAUUUGUGGGACUGUUUUUAUUCAUUUUCUUUAGGAUUGUGAUUUAAUAUGAUCACAAAUCCAAACAAACAGGAUUUCUAAAUAAAGUAUUGUAAUGUAUAUGUUUGUGAACCAUUGUGAAUUGUACAACAGAUGUCUAUGGAUGUUUAAGAUUGUCCAUGUUAUUGAUCAUCUGUUUUAUUUCUUCGGUAAUCAGGCUGUGGUUGACAAACUUGUACUGUAUUCUUUUUUAAAAGCAAUUAAAAAUCUAAUAUAAUUUAU